AUGCAGGAUUACUUAUUGAGACAACUGAUAGAAGAUCAGAAAAUGGAUGAAAUGGAAAAAGGUGAACAAGUGGCCUAUUUGGAAACGAAGGGACAUGAGACAGAAAGAUUGAGAACGGAAAGUGAUGUAUGGAUAGAAAACGAUGAGAUGUUAAAUGACAAGGAGAAAGAAGAAUUUGGAAAACAGAAAAUACAGGAACAAAUGAAAGAAUUGGAAAAAAGAGACACAGAGGAACAAAUGAAGGAAUUGGAAACAAAAGGACACGAGGAAGAAAACUUAAGGAUAGAAAGAGAUGAGGAACGAACAGAAUGUGGAAAAACAGAUGAUAAAUGA